UGUGUGUGUGUGUGUGUGUGUGUGUGUGUGUGUUUUGGUCACCAUGGUUUUCCUCAGACGGACGCUGCUGCUUCGUUACCUGCUGCUGUCGGCCAUGUUGGCUCUGCUCCUCUUCGUCAGCUCUUUCUGGCUGCCCCAGGGUGGAGCCCGGGAGUGUGGCAGCCCCUGGCAGCCAUGUUUGAGUUUUUACCACCAGAAGCCGGCGCCUCCGUGGGCCCCUGAGCAGUGGGUGGAGCCAGAUGGAGCCCUAUCCCUCAUAAAGGAGUGCCCCGGCCAGUCAUUUCAGGCUUCGCAUCUGCUGCUGUACCUGAAAUCCAGCCUGGCAAACGACGAUGACAUCCUGCUGGAGCCAUACCUGAAGAGCUGGGACCAGCUGCUGAAGUUCAUGGAGUCGCUUGGGCCGAUGGUGAGUUUCUUCUCUCAGAAGGUGCAAGAAAAGGUUGUGCUGAUUCGAGAGCUGUCACUCAGACACAAUGCAGAGGCUAAUGGGAAACCAGCUGGACUACAAACCCCAGAAGCAUUUGGAUUGAAAGCAGGGGCGUAUCAUUCCGUUAGAUCCAUGAUGGAGGCGGAGCUGAAAGCGGAUAUGGUUAACUUCUCGUACCGCACAGACUCAGGCUGCAGGACGCUGCUCCGGCUGCACCGUUCCCUCCUCUGGCUGAAGCUCAUGUUGGAGGGUUUGGCUGAAGGACCGGAUGAAAACGGACAAUACAAAACACCGGGAGAGCUGAGCAGGGAUGCCUACAAGGUGGCGCUGGCCCCACACCACCCCUGGGUGCUUCGGCAGGCGGCAGAAUUUGUCUUCCUCGCGCUUCCCGAGAGACAGUACUUUCUGCAGCUGGUGUGUGUGCAGAACCAGCAGGAGGCCACGCCCAUCCUGCGCAUCAUCAUCCACGCCCUGACGCUGGUGCACACACGAACUCAGCAGCUUCUGGCCGAGCGAGACAUGCUGGAUCUGCCCUGACCAACCAACUCAGUCUCACGGCAGUUUGUGAGACAGUAACAAUAUUUAAUCUUAAUCUUAUCUAAUCCUAUUUUUUCAUUACAAGAAUUUUCUCAUUUUUCUGAGUGAAAAGUGUAAAGAGUGGAAAUAACUUUGAGACUAGUACUUGUACUACUACUACUAUAAGGUUUAGCCAUUGUAGAUCUACUGGGUUAGGUUUGAGCAUGAUGGAUUAGGUUUAAAUGAAGAUCAUGGAUUGUCUUAAAACACAACGGAGCUGUGGAUGUGAACAGUCAAACUAAGAAAAAACUGGAAACAUCAGGAACAAAUCCAAACUUUCACCUCACAAAGUCAGAGAGGAUUCUUUGGACUAUUCUGACUCUGGACAUGUUUGGGAUUUUUCACACUUUUGUUUAUUUGGAACAUAAAAUUCUGUCAUGGAAUUCUGUCAUUUUCCCAUCCUUUUUGCAAACAUCAGGAACAGAGGUUUGUAUGAACAAAUAAAAAAAGGUUAUUCAGUGAA